CCUCAUGGUGAUCUGUGUGUUUGGAAUGGUGGGGAAUGGGAUAGUCUUGUGGUUUCUGGGCUUUCGGUUGAGGCAGAAUCCUUUCACUGUCUACAUCCUAAAUCUGGCUGUUGCUGACUGCUCUCUGCUCCUCUUGUAUUUUCUGCUCAUAUUGGGGCUUUUCAACUUGACAAUAAUUUGUUAUGGUUUGGGUUCUUUUCUUCCAUUCUACAAUGAUUUCUUAGAUGCAGUUGAAUUACUGAGCCACUUGUUAGUCCUCAGCAGCCUGGGUCUCCUGACAGCCAUCAGCACGGAGCGCUGUGUCUCUGUCAUCUUCCCAAUCUGGUAUCGCUGCCACCGCCCAAAGCACUUGUCAGGCAUCGUGAGUGGGGUGCUCUGGGCCGGCGUUGCGUUUUUCAUUUUGUCAUAUUAUGUUUGCUCUCUCCUUGGUCAAAGACAUUACACGCUCUUUGCAAGUGUGGGCAUUGUCUGUUCCGUGAUUUUGUCAUUAACGAUGUUGAUUUCCAACGUGUCCAUGGUCACGAGGCUCCGAUGUGGCUCACAGAGACGGCGCCUGGGGAAACUCUAUGUUGCUGUUGUGCUCAACAUCAUCUUCUUCUUUGCCUUAGGGAUGCCUUUCAGCGUAAAUUCUUUCUUUAAUCUUUUAUAUUAUGGUAUUCUAUUACCUGAAACGGUGACUCUGGUGCUGGCUCUGCUGAACAGCAGCAUCAACCCAGUCAUUUACUUCCUGGUGGGGAGCUGCCGGCAGCGCCGCUUCCAAGGCUCCAUCCAAGUCGCCCUGCGCAGAGUGUUUGAAGAGAGAGAAAGGAGCAAGGAGGAGAGCCCCGUGCCUGAGGGCAUCCCCAUGGAGAGCACUGCCCAAGGCCCUGCUGGGGAGGGGGAGGCCUGAGCUCUGCUCCCCAUUGCAAUGAGGCUCCUGGCCUUGGCCCCACCAAAUAAACUGUGUGUGCUUUGGCUGA